CCCUCGACUCUUCCCGAUACAUACUAGCUUUGCAGACCGUUUUAGGGGUAUGGCAUGUCUCCUCCUCUAGACAAAAUCCUAAAUUAGGGUUCGUUUCUCAAACUUUCUGCAAGAAACUCUUUGAUUAUCAAAUUGGGCGAAUCUAAAUAGGUUCAGAAAGGAUUAGAAGUUGAAGGACGAUGUUUAAGAACACUUUUCAAUCAGGAUUUCUAUCUAUUCUGUACAGCCUUGGGAGUAAACCUCUGCAGAUUUGGGAUAAAGAAGUUGUGAAUGGUCAGAUUAAAAGAAUACAAGAUGAGGACAUCCAGUCUAAUGUCCUUGAGAUUGUUGGGUCGAAUGUACAAUCGACUUACAUUACGUGCCCUGCAGAUCCUGCUGCAACAGUUGGUAUAAAGCUUCCGUUCUUGGUGAUUAUUGUGAAGAAUUCGAAGAAAUAUUUCACAUUUGAGAUUCAAGUGCUGGAUGACAAGAAUGUCAGGAGACGCUUCAGAGCUUCUAAUUUUCAAGCGUCAACCCGCGUUAAACCUUUUAUCUGCACCAUGCCGUUGAGGUUGGAUGAGGGAUGGAAUCAGAUCCAGUUGAAUCUUGCCGAUUUUACGAGAAGAGCUUAUGGAACUAACUAUGUCGAGACACUCCGAGUGCAAGUUCACGCUAAUUGCCGUCUAAGAAGGAUAUAUUUUUCCGACCGCCUUUAUUCAGAGGAGGAGCUCCCACCAGAAUUCAAGCUUUAUCUUCCAACACAGAAGUCAUAGAACCUCGAGGAUAACUGCAAAAGGGCUUCUUCGUUGGAAAUGCAGGCUGAACCUGAGAUUUCUUUUUUCAGUUGCUGUCAGUUUGACUACUUGCCCCUGAACUGAACCUUUUCAUUAUCCAUUUUUUUUUUGACAGAAAGAUACUUAUUUAUUAAUAGAACUUGUCUGGUUUACAAUAUCCGUAGAACAAGCUAAGUAAUUACCAGACGAUCCUAUGGGCGUUACAUA